AGCAAUCUAAAUCUAUUCUUUCUCAAACUUCUAAUACUCAACUACAACAAUCUCAGCAGACAAUACAGCAACAACAGACCCAACAGCAACAGCCAGUUAGUAACUCAAAUAACACUCAUAUUAGUACUAGUAACUCUCAACAAAACCAAAAUACUUCUUCAAAAGAACUAAACUUAAUACUUCAACAGUUAUCUUCUUUAUAUCAGAAUAAUACUGAACAACAAUCAUUAAUUGAUGACACAUAUCAACAACUUUCACAACAAUCUCAACAAGCUAAUAACUAA